ACAUAAGUUAAAGACCGACACAAAGUAAAGGUCAUAAGUACCAAUAGGGCAAUGACCAUUUAAAAAAUGGCUAUAAAUGAAACUAUGGAUCAGGCCAAUGAAUAUGACCCUUAGGCUUUGGCCCAUUUAGCCUAUCACAUCCAUCAAAUUUCCUUAGCCCAUUUCUCAGACGAAUUCAACCCGAACACCUAUUGCUCCGUCGCUCGGAGCACACUAGUCGCCGGUCGACGAUCGCCGCCGCCGCCGCCAUAACUGAAAUUAUGGGCUCCGAGAUGGAAGUAGUUGAGCAGAGGCUAAAUACUUUUGUGCGAAGAGAUGUGAGACUCCUCCAAACAGCUAACUUGGAGGAGGUUUUGAGUGCCUCCUUUCAAGUUCUUAACGGAAAAAGACCCAAGCAAAAAGUGCAGCUUUUGGGAAGCCUAAAGAGGAGAAGAUCUAAUGGUGGCAAAUAUAACUUUCUGGAGCGUCUUUCAGGGGUUGCACACCUGUUGUCUCAGAUGGUUGAGCCAAUGUUAAGGGCCGCUGCGGAGAUAUCAACACUUCUUGCACGAUCAUUUUUUAUGGGAUUUUCACUGACAGUAUUGUCCUUGCUUGCCCGAAUUAGAGUUCUAGUUCAGCAAAUGCUUCUUGAUGUUGUUUGUGUAUUCAACAAUGUCUCCUCUUUAUCUCAGAGGGAACAAGCCAUAAAAUUGACUCAAGAUGGAUUUGAGAUUUUUAGAGAAUACUUUCCGCCAAAGCAGCAGGUGAUCUUCCUCGAAUGUAUAUGGGAAUCUGAUAAGUAUAUUUUAGUUGAGAGACAAAAUCAGAAAGAUGUCGGAAGCCAGGAAAAGGAGGUUGGAGAAGAUGUUUCUGUAGAAGCAUCUAAGGUUCAGUAUGAAAGCAUUGAGCUUUUCCUAGGAGAUGACAAACCUGGACAGACGGCCUCUAAAGAUUCGGCUGAGGAUGGUCAAACUAUAAAGGACAACGAUAUAGUAGAUUCCUUGGAGGAUCCUAUCCAAGAUAGUAAUGAUGAAUCUCGAGCUCAAGUUGAUUCAACUAUUGCAGGACCUUCAGGCAAUAAUUUUGAUACUCCUGAAGCCGGAGCACUUCCAAGUACAUCACCCGACAAGAAUCCUGCCAAAGCCAAACACGGAUCAAGAAAUAGUGUUGCAUUUGUUUCAGUGAAAAGACCCAAAGUGUCAACAAACAAUGAGUUGGGGUUUGAUAUUCAUAGAACAGAAAAGGGUGAUAAUUCUGGUGUAGAUAAAGAAGAUCCAUUUUUCAGUUUACUUUUUAGUGGAAAUGUGAAGACGAAUCUAUUCUGAACUUCACCUAAGUAGUUUUUCAUUUCUCCUUGUUUUUCUCUGUUAACUAGGCCGCGGCGCAUCUUUGCGUCCAUAUUUGUGAGUUGAUGCUCAAUCAUGUCCAAAUUUGGACAAUUUAUCCAAAUUGGUUUUAAAUUUUUAGAGUUGAUGCUCAAUCAUGUCCUUUUUUGAGGGUAGGAAGAAAUUUGGAGCAUCUGUGGGAGCUGAAAAUGAAAUGGAGUUUGUAUCUCUUAA